AUUUGAAAAAGCUGUGAAAUGGCUGCAUCCUUGCAAACUCGAGUUUUCUACGGUUUAAAGACGAAUAUUAUCGGUAACGCAUAUUAUAUCACGGAUACGGAAAUUUUGUACCCGGUUGGCAACGUAUUGGCAAUUCAUAAUAUUCUUCAGCAACAACAGAAAUUGAUUCGAUUGCCUGACAAGUAUAAUGUAAACGCCAUUUGCGUCUCACCUAAUAAGAAAUACACCGCUUUAUCCGAAGUUGGAGACAAACCUACUAUAUCUGUUUAUGACCUCAGCUCUCUAAAGCGCAGGAAACUGCUCGGGAUACCUUUUGACGCUCCGGGAGUAACCAGAUUUACAUGCUUGGAUUUCACCUUCGACAGUAAAAGCUUAGUGGCGAUUACCGGCGAACCUGAUCAAACGAUGCUUUUUUACAACUGGGAAAAGGGUAAAGUUGAGUCGACGUUCAAGCUGGCAAAUCCGCAAAAUCCAUCGGCGAUCGCAGAGCUGUUGUCCUGCAAUCCGACGGAUGCGUCGGUGUUGGCGGUCGGUGGUAUGUACACCUUCAAGUUUCUCACCGUCUCCGAGACGGUGUGGCGUCCGUACGGAUUCGCCAAGGCGGAGAACCUCCUCGUCUGCUCGAUGACCUGGCUGGACGGUGAUCGGCUUCUGGUCGGCACCAAGGACAACCGCGUGCUAUAUCUGGAGAACGGCGACUUGAAGAACAUAUACGGGAUGGGAUACACGGUGUCGAUGAAUCUGAAGAUCCGCGAGGAGUACGUCAUGCCCGCCCCGACCGCCGUCGCCGCUCCGCAGGACGGUCAUGACGAGGCUGUUGAUUGGCAGCAGAAUAUACGCUGUUUGAUCGCAUUUCCGCGCGGAUUCGCCUACGCCCACGGCCCGGGGACUGUCGUGCUCUUCGAGAAGGAAGGGAAGCACAAGUACACGAAGAGGAACAUCUACGUGAUUCCGGAGCGAGUGGCGAGGGAGGAGGAUCCAGACCUUUACAAGAUCAACACGAUCGACGUGAAUGUCAGCUGUGACCGGCUGAUCGUCACCGCCGGCUGGUCUCAGCUGUAUUACGCCACGCUGUGGGGCGUGGAUCUGCAGGUGGAUCCGAAACCGCAGGAGCUGAAAGUUCUGGGCCAGCCGCUGCACCACGGCCCCAUCAACGGUCUCGCCAUGUGCGCGUGGAAGCCGGUCUUCAUGACGUGCGGCGAGUUCGAUCGCAGCGUCCGGUUGUGGGACUUCGAGACCGAGAACUUGAUCAUGCUGAAGCAGUACGCCGAAGACAUAUCCGGCAUCGCGUUGCACCCGAUGGGACUGUUUUGCCUGAUCGGCUUCACCGACAAGCUGCGCUUCAUGAGCAUCUUGAUCGACGAUCUGCUGCCGAUGCACGAGAUCGCCAUCAGGAGCUGCAGGACGGUUUGCUUCAGCUCCGGCGGUCAUCUGUUCGCAGCGGUCAACGGCAACGUCGUGCAAGUGUACACGACCAUCGGCUUCUACAACACCUUCGUUCUCAAGGGGCACACGGGCAAGGUGCAGACCCUCCUCUGGUCGCAGUCGGAUCUGAAAUUGCUCAGCAUGGGCGCGGAAGGUGCCAUCUACGAGUGGGACAUGACCACCGGUGCACGAUUCGGCGAGAUCAUCCUGAAGUACGUCACGCUGCACGACGUUGUGCUUUCUUCGGACACGACAGUGACCUACUGCAUCGCGAAUGACGAGCACAUACGUGAAAUUAAAGAGAGCAUGGUGAUUCGAGAUUUCCAUUUACCUGGUAAAGAAAUGCAUCGGAUGAUUAUGGGAAAAGAUGACCUAUCAUUGUUCGUAACGUCCCCUGGUGGUAUCAUCGUCUCGUUAAAGUGCCCGCUUCAAGCUACGAUAGAAUCGACAGAGUUUCAUAUACACAGCGUCGAUAUCACAAUGAUCGCGCUCUCCUACAACGAAAAUUGUUUAGUCUCGGCUGCGAAGGACGGCAGUUUGUGCAUUUGGAAGAUAUACUAUGCCGAAGGGAAAGUUAUGAAGAUUAGAGAUUUGCCGUACACGAACGAAGUUUUAAUCGGCAAGGGAGAUUUGGAGGACAAGAUACAGACGAUCAGAAAUCUAACGGUGCGAAUGAAGGAAUUGGAAACCGAGCACGCGUAUAAACUGCGGCAGAUCGACGUUCAGCACAACGAUAAGCUACGCGAGGUACACCAAGGCUAUUGCGAGGCCAUCACGGAACUUCGGGACAAAAACGAGAAGCUUCAAGAGGACCAUAUAAAUGAAAUCAAUAACAUAAAUGUGGAGAUUGUGAAGAUGAAGAUGGCUCACGAGAGCGCGAUGCAACAGAUGGAAAAUAAUUAUGAAGCCAAGUUAAUUACGGAAUUCGACAAGUAUCAGGCGUUCGAGGAACGCACGAAUGUCAUGCGCGCCGAUUACGAGAAGCGAUUGAAAGAUCUUGCGAAACGUGAUGCGGAGGAAUUCGAGAAAACUGUGGCGAAGUACGAAGCUCUGCUUCACGAGAGGAAGGUGCAGCUGGAAGAAACGUCCGACGAGAUGGCGCACAAAGAACGCGUUCACGAGCAUCUGAUGGCGCAGAUAGAGGAGGACGCGGAUCAGGAAAUUCUCGAGGUGCGCACCAAGUAUGAGAAUCUGCUUUACGGGGAAAGGCAAAUCAAUUUGAAGCUGAAAGGCGAAGCCAGUGUGAUGCGAAAUAAGUUCAUGGCCAGUCAAAAGGACGUGGAGGAUCUGAAGAGACAGGUGCAGCGAGUGCAGGGUGAAUACACGCAGUUCCGCAAAAAUAUACAAGAUCUAGAGAAGCAGAUAGCAGAUUUGCGGAAGGAGAUCGGCGAGAGGGACGCCACUAUUGUGGACAAGGAGCAGCAGAUAUCCGGCAUGAAGCGGACAAUUCAAGAAUUGGAGAAGUUCAAGUUCGUAUUGAAUUACAAGAUUGAGGAAUUGAAGAGUCAGAUAGAGCCGAGAGAUCAGGAGAUACAAGACUUGAAGAAAAAAGUCUGGAGUAUGCAAGUGGAGUUCACGAGUCAUCGCAAGAUUAACGAGAGUUUGGAGCUUCAACUGCAAGAGAUGCGGGAGAAGCUGCGCGCCGCGCGCCAACAGAUCAAUUGCGAGGUGCAGAAAAACAGAAGGAGCCGACAGCUUUUGCGAAAGAUUCGCAUCGACAUCUUCGACGUCGCCGGACUCAUACAAGAGCCAAAUGCGCUGAAGACUGCGGUGAAAGAAUUAUAUCAUAAAUACAGCGCGGACGAUGAACUUUUACGUAGUCGUAAAGCGGAUUUAGAUGCGCAAUGCGAACUGAUGCGGCAGAAAGAUUAUCUGGAAAAGACCAUUGAGUCCCUGAAGAAGCAAGUACUGCAAGAUACGUCUCCCGGUGAUAAAGGUUCGAAAAGGAUGACGGAGGACAAUAGUACGCUCAUUGUGGAGGUAAACGCUCUGAGAGGGCAGCUAAAAGAAGCGCGAAAGCAUAUUUUACACAUGGAGAGUCUUCUGGAUUUAAAACAAGAAAGCACACAACCUGCAGAUGCAAGAAAAAAGUUGGAGCAAGCUUAUCAGGGAUACGAAGAAUUGCGGGAAAAAUAUACAACGCAAAUACAGGGAUAUCAGCAGGUUAUUUUAGCAUUAAAGGAAGAUGUUAAACGACUCUUAAGCAAAAUUCCAAGUGAAGAGACAGAAAAAGAGAAGAAACCGUCCUAAAUGAAUUUGCGAGAUCGUUUUCUCAGGUAUGCGAGUUGAGCAUCGUCAAAAUAGCUUUAAUGGCAAGGUACUGUUUCAACAUUUAUACGCAAUUAGUUUUAAAUACGUUCCCAUUAUAUUUUCUUAUAUAUGUAAACAUUUAUACUUA